AUGGAAGAGAUGGAGGAGGUCUACUUCCGCCUGCACAUGCAGCUGAUACAGUGGGCCCAGCGGCUUCUAAGCGCUAAGAAUCGGGAGCGGAUCGAGUUGGUGCUGUUUGUGGCGUCGUCUCACCUGCUCCUGGUGUGCUUCCUUCUCCAUACAAGCUUCAUCGGUGACGGGGGAUAUGUCGGCUGUCUGGAUCAGCUUCUCCCUCCUGCAACAGCCUCCUACAACCUCCAGGACGAGCAGCUCCGGCUGCUCCGGAUCCAAAUUCUGCCGGACGCCGAAGCUGCGGAUUGGAGCCUCGUUACGGGCUCGAUAAACUCACAUUCGUCGCGGAAUACGUCGUUUAAUGGACCUGAGGCCUUAGAUCCGGGCUUGGGCUUCGUCUACGCGCCCCAGAAGAGUCUGUUCGCGCUGUUGGAACACGCCGAUGCUCUCCAGACGGAUGUGAGGAUGGAUACACUCUAUCUGCCCAUGAGCGCGCGGUGCUUCGAGCUCAGGUGGUUCGAUGAGCUGCCGUUGUGGACGCUGAUACGCGAUCGAGUCGUUGGAUACGAUACAAUACUGGUGAACCAGUUGAUUCGACAAUACGGGGCGAGAGGGUUCUUCUACAGAGAGGACAGUCGCGUCGUCGUCGACAUGAGCUACGGAGUGUUCAACCCGGCGGCGGCAGCGCAGAGCUGGCUGCGAUUCGUGGCCAUGAAGUUCAAGAUCCUCCACACGAUUCUGUUCCUGUUCUUCGUCUUUACGGCGCUCGUGGCCUUCGUGCUUAUCGAGACGCAGAAGCGGAUGAUCACCUUCGCGGCGCUGUUCCAGAACCGACAACAACUGCAGAUACCGUUCGCAAACCUCGUGGUGACAUUUUUCGCCCAGUCGCUCAUGUUCGUGCCCGUGAUGGUUGGCAUGCUGUUUUUCCUGUUCGAGCUGUACAAAGAUCGACUGCUUGCGUUCGGCGUCAUGACGGUGAUGUGGGCGGGCGAAUCGUUCUCUGUCGUGAGCGUGCGAACUCGACUGUCGCAAGCGUACUUCCCACCGCUGUUCUUCUGCCUCUUCACGCUCUUCCACGUCUACCUCUUCUCGUUCCCGUUCGGCUUCUCGUACAUCGCGCUGGGUGCCACGAGUCUUCUUCUGCUGCAACUCAUGCUCUUCUUCUGGAACUGCUUCGAGAUACCGGCCCUGAACCGAGGAGAGAUCUCAAGAAGUUAUUCAGCCGUCCAGUCAUGA